AUGGAUGGCCGAAUUCCAGUUACGUCCUCCAGGUACUCAAUCAACGCCCUCAAAGUCCCAGUUGAGAAAGCCUGGCGCCCAUGGUACUCUGGUGGAGAGGUCGGAGGAUAUGUGGUUCGUUACAGAGGAGUAACACUGGUCACAGUAAGGGGUGCAGGCCACCAAGUACCAAGCAACCAACCAGAGAGAGCGCUCACCAUGAUUGCAUCUUUUCUUCGGGGCAAACUUCCUCCAGCCUAACCUUUCGAAAAGUGAAACCACCACCCACUCUGUGGAAAUAAUCUCUCCUUUUCUUUUUGUCAAAAUUUAAGUUAUUUGUAAUAAGAAACUGCUAUAUAUGCUGUUACAAGAAGUCCUACACAAGAAUAGAAAAUUAUGGGCAGGGAAAAGGAGAACGCACAUCACAAAAAUUGUGCAUCAAUAGAAUUUAGGCCUUUCAUCUGAUAAUAAAAAUGUUUCAGGAAUUAAAAGGAAAUUCAAUAUGAACAGCAAAAGUUCCCUUUUCUUCAUAAAGAAGACAAUCCUGUAAGAGACGGAUAAUUAAAAUACAAACAGCCAGACUGUCUUGUCUUGGAGAACUCCAACAAAAAAUUGAAUUUCAUACAUAAAUGAGGUAAAACUAAUUGCAGAUCUUAUGCAAUGGCUAAAAAGAAAACUCUCCUUUGUAGAGUAAGAAAUAUCUCCCAUAAUUGAAAAAACUCCUCUCUCCAAACUAGGAGUGCAACUAUAAAUAUUAUCAAUCAAAAAAAUUUAUUCUGAGAG